AAACUAUCGAACUAUCGAAACUAUCGAACUAUCGGAAAACUAUCGAACUAUCGGAAAACAAUCGAACUAUCGAACAAUCGAAUCUAUUGAACUAUCGAAGAAUCGAUACUAUCGCCUAUCGAAGUUUUUUUAUCAUCUGAUAUCAGUGAUAAACUGAUAUCAUCAGACAAGUGAACGCUUAUCAAUUAUAUAAAUUAUCAAUUACUGUUUAAUGAUUAAUUUUAUUUAAUUAGUAUUAAUUAAAAAAUUAUUUAAUUAUUAUAAAAAUUAAAAAGCAAAGGAAAUAAAUAGCAAUGUCAAUCCCGAAGAAAAACUCUUCUAUUGUUUGGAAGCACUUUCGAAGGGACCCAAAUACUCCUGAUGAGGCCACUUGUUCGAUUUGUAAUAACAAGUACAAAAGAUCUAACGGCACAACCAACUUAUUAGACCAUUUGAAACGUAAACAUUUUACUGUAUUAUGCCGUGAUGAGUUACAACACACUGAGACUGAACAGAUUGAAGAAGAUAGAAAUCAACCUGGAACAUCAGGGGAACGACAAUCUACAGGUGUUUUCUCUCCUUGUAAUAAUCCAGUUAUGGCAGUAACCAGUGUUGUUGAACCAGUAUUAAAGAGGCAAAAACAACUUUUAUUGUCUAAUAGGUAAGAGUAUUGUAUUAAUUUCUGAAAAUUUUCAAUACGUAGUACAAUUUUCUUAUUACCAUGUUAACAUGUAUUUUCUUAUUUUUUAAAGCUAACUAAAUUUCUUUAUAUGUUUUUGUAUAUUAAAUUUAAGUGUAUAUGCUGGCAUUGAUUUCUAUUUAAAUUGUAAAGCUUGUCUGUUCUAUAUUAUGCUAUAUUGUACAUGUUUAUGCUUAACCUAGCCAAUAAGUCUACAACGUAUAUCAAUUGAAUAUUGUGCAUUUGCCAUUUACUAUUUGGUAAACAAAAAGUAAGUAGUAUUCACUUAAAUGUUGCAUGUAUCACUAUUUACUUGGAUUUACACUAACUAUAUUAUUAUUACUUUAUCUAUAUAUUGAUUUGUAUACUGUAUUCUUAAAUACAAAGAAUUAAUUAUUUUAAUUAUUUACAAAUCUCAUAUUUAAUUUUUAGUUUACAGGUUUAUUCAUUAUCCAACUGGUUUGGAAUGCAAUUAUUUAUUAAGAGGACUUCACAGUCAAAACACACAAUUUUAAAACUGACUUUGUCUGCUAUAUAAGUAACAUGU